GGCUGGCAGAGACAAACGAAUGAGCUAAACACAAGACAAAUGAAAGAAGGGACCAAGGAACUCACUGUAGAAGAGAGAGAGACAAGGAGAGAUCAGAUAAAUUAAGAGUUCAGAUAAAUGGCAUGGAGGCUGAAGAAAGACAAAGUGACAGAUAUCAGCAGCAGAUAUCAGGAGGAGUGGACAAACUAGAAGAGGAGGAGGAGUCUGGUCUGAGAGGAAGCUAAAAAGAGUGGAGCGCGAAAAGGAGCCCUUCAAAACAGAAAAAAUCUUUUCUGAGUGGGCUACUGACAUAUACGUGGAAUAAACUGGAGCCUGGCAAAGGGGACCUCAACUGGCGAAAAAAAAAAAAAAAAUCAUCACUGAAGGAAUUACUGAAACUAUAAACAGACGGAACUGUGCAAAGGCACCAGGGAGAGCAGAAGACAAUCAAACAUUAUUAAAACAGAAAGAAGAAGUGGAGAUACCACCCACAGAGAGAGACUGAGUAUACCACACACAGGGUUUAUCACAGCAUGAAGCUCACGCAUGGGACAAGAGGGGCACUGACGGCCUUGCUGCUGAGUUUACUGCUGACUACCUGCACCACACAAGAGAGUGAGGAGAGUCUGGAGCUCCAGGAAGAAAACAAUACAGUCAGCACUGAGAGCCCUGAGACUGUAUCCUCUGACAUAACCAUCGUGAGCCCCCACAGGACAUGGAUAGUCUUUAGGGACAACUCCAACAAGGGUGGAAAUAAGAAACCAAAAGGAAAUAAAAGACUAUCCAAGCAUGGCCUUCCAGGUCCACCAGGCCCUCCUGGUCCCCAGGGGCCUCCUGGUCCUCCAGGCCCCCUACUGCCUCAUCAUGCAGAGUUGAUACAGGACUUCCAAGUCAAACUGAAAGAGAUGGUAGGAACUUACUGUCUGCUCUGCGAUCAGCCUCCUCGUGUGGCCACGGCUUUCCGUUGCCGACUGCACCACAACCUGCUGGUCCACCGUCGCAGUCUGCAGGAGCUCCAGCCCUUCAACACUCCCUUAAACACAGAGCAGUUCCAUCAGAGAGGGCAGGGCUUUAACGCCAGCAGUGGCCGGUACACGGCUCCAGUGUCUGGGUUCUAUCAGCUCACAGCUAGUCUGCUACUCGAAUCCAAUGAGUCUCAGAAGAAGCCCAAUGCCAGGCAGAGAGACAGUGUCAAGACCUCCAUAUGCAUAGAGUCUCUUUGUCAGAGUAAUGUGUCUCUGGAGACAGUGACUGGAGUGAGUGCUACAGGAGGAGUAUUCAGUAUUCUCCUGACCGGUACUCUUUACCUACAGGCUGGAGAGUAUGUGUCUAUUCUCAUUGACAAUGGGACAGGUUCAGCACUCACAAUUCUCCAAGACAGUCUGUUUUCUGGCAUCCUUUUUGGAAUAUGAGGACACCAACAAAGCACAAAGUAACGACUAUAAAAAAGACAAGUUUCUCUGUGCUGACAAAAUACACAACUUUAAUAGAUGAGGUAUUCAGGACAUAUUAUAAUAAUAAUAAUUACAUAAGGAGGACUCUUUCCAAGCAUCUAAAAAAGAGUCUCUGUGUAUAAUGAUCUUUAACAUUGUUGCAAAUUUGCAUUGUUGCAACAGGGUUGCACUGCUAUUUCUUUCCAAAAUAAUGGAAACUUUAAUCUGUUCAUAGAGGUGUAUGUAUUUUUUUUUCAUGUGGUAUGUUUAUGUAUUCCAUUCUUAACAGGGUUGAAGUUUUAUUUAUUUGCAUUUGCUUUUUGAAACAAUAUUGAUAUUUGUGUAUAUUUGCAAUAAAUACUUAUAUAACUGCUGAAA